AUUUUCCGUUUCACACUCAAUAACUGACGAAACUGGAGCAAUUACUUCUCGUUUUGGACCCAACCUCCUCCUUUUUAGCACAAUAACUUCCCUUCCAAUUUCCUCCUUCUCCUCCAAUCUGCUUUCCAAGAUUUUCCUCUCCCUUCAAGCAUAACGCCAGAAACUCUCUCUCUCUCUCUCUCUCUCUCUCUCUCUCUCUCUCUCUCGCAACUCUGCUUGUGUCUUGUGGAAAAACAGAGAGGUUUUUGUGCUCUGUUAUGAUAAAGGAUGGGGGAUUGUGUUUCAGUCCACAAAGAGUCUAAAACUGACAAGCUUUUGAUUCCAGAGCCCAUCAAAGAGAAACCCAUUGUUAAUGGUGACCGUCCGAUCGCUGAAGGUGGUCUCAAAUCUCGGUGGUCACAGUCUCAUCCAGUGACAGCAACUGUUCCUGGUUUUGGCAGUAAGGAGGAGGCCUUUUUUGAUUCACAACCAUGGUUAGAAUCAGAUUGCGAUGAUGAUUUCUUUAGCGUUAAUGGUGAUUUUACCCCAUCUCGUGGUAGCACUCCAGUCCACCAGAGCUUCUCUGCAAGAACCCUGCGAGUCGAUGGAGCCCUCUUUGAUGACAAGACACCUGGUUCCAAACCUGAGCCAUCCCCAACAAGCAAGAAGAAACUAGCUGAACUUUUCCGCGAUAGCAUAACAAACAAGCAAGACAUCGAUGACCAAACUAUAUCGGGCAACCAAAAUGGGGUGAAUGGAAAAGUGGAAGAUAAGGUGACUACACUCGGCCUCCCUCCAACUCCUAAUAGUGAUUAUACAUCUGAGAAGGAGAAGCAACCAAUUAAGUCUGUGCAGCGUUGUCUUCCAAGAAUGCUUUCAACGCGGAGCUAUCAUGAAAGGAGGAAGAAGACGAGCCCUACCCCUAGCCUUGGGUAAUUUGCUGUUUUCCAUUACUUUAAGCAUAAAGUAUAUGAGGCCUCCAUAAUAUGGAAGCUCUGAACACUUGAAGUUUGUCAACAUUAACGAGAGAGAGUGAAUAUCUAUAGAAUUGGUGUUCCAGAAGUGGGGUUCAAGAACAUGUGUAAAGCAGUAGGAAAGAAUAUGGCCCGUAAAUUUUCUUAAGGUGAACUUUGUCUUCAAGCUUAUAUUUUCUGCUUUCCGGUUGAGCUGGGGCAUGAUUA